CUUUGAAGCCAAUCAGGCGUCAGGGGGACCGCUGAAGGUGGUUGUGUGUGCUCGUCGCGCCUCGGCUCCCGAGCCUGAGCGCCGGGGUUCCCAGCCGGAGGUGGGCGUGUGAUUGAGGGAGGUUCACCCCGCGUCAGUGCCGGGGACAGCCCUAAAUCAGAGCGCAGGGAGGAAGCGGCUGGGACCGGCCGGAGCACGGCGGCUCGCCGCGGGCACCAGGGCGAUCCCGGAGCGGCGGAGCGGGGGCCGGCUUCGGACCCCGUCCCAAACGGGUGGACCGGCCCGAUGGAUCCGGCCUCGCUCAGCGAGGACGAGAUGGCCGAGAUUAAGAAGGAAAUUAUGUAUUGCAUUGAACUGCUGCUGCUAAGUUAACAAAUUUCAUGUCACAUGCUGGUGAUAAUAAACCCUGCAUCUUGGGCCCAGGAAAGGAAAACCCUCCAGGAAGUGGUGGAUGGGGCCCAGUCCAUCACGGGCAAGGCUGUCCCCACCACUCAGCACAUCUACAUGGAGCGCUUCCACAGGAAAGCAGCAUCCAGGCCACGGCCUCUUCUCACUGCUUCCUCAGGAAGGAGACCCUCGAGAAACUCCGCCCGUAUCUGUGUGAUAAGCUCAUCGCCGAACGGCACUUCGAUUACUUGCGAGCAAAGAAGAUCCUGUGCAAGGACGACACAGAGGAGAUCUCUUACCAGGUAUCAAGCAGGCGAAAGGCAGGAAAGCUUCUGGACCACCUCACAGAGAACCCCAAGGGCCUGGACUCUCUCAUCUGCUCCAUCCGAAGGGAAGGGACGCAGAACUUCCUGGUGCAGAAGAUAACGGAUGAAGUUCAGAAAAUCAAAAACGAGAAACUAUUCCAGAAAGGAGUCUUCUCGAGCAGCUAUGAUCCGGCGGAAGACAUGUCCAAAAGGAACAACCUCUCCAGGUUCUGCUCGACUGACUCCAAUAGUUUGAAGGGGAUGGAGGUGAACAUUCUGUGUCACCCGGAGGGGGAGUUCAGUCCUGAGCCGUCUGCCUCGCCCCUCCUCUCCCCUUUGGAUCUGCAGUCCACCUCGUCGUUGGAGAACACUGCAAUGAUGAGCAACUUGGAGACCAUGGCCACGACAUUGACUCUGCCCAGACCAGGGGAGCCCGGAGCUCCGCCUCUCCCCCCCAAACUCCAGACGGAAUCCACGGGAGCCUCCAGCAGCCCUAGUGACUCCGAAUUCUUGCCCCUGAGGUCUCGCUCCCCAUGACCCGUCACGGCCCUGACAAGAGCAGAGGUUUUUCGAAGGUCUGCCGUGGAUUGUGGGGGAAUGGAGGAGUGAGAUUACGUGGUUUGAAUUCUCGUGGUAUUCUCUGUAUCUUCAUUAUAUUUUGGUUCAGAACCACACAAUUUCUUUCUUUCUUCUUUGGGAUUUUGGUUGUACUGAGGGCCAACAACUGCAGUUUGGGCUGCCUAUCUACACCGUCCUGGCAAGGACGGCUUGACGUUGCUUGGAAGCACCUGGGUCUUUGGGGGCAGAUGAGUGCCUGCAGUCAGCGUUUCCUCAUCCACAAGUCUCUGGGGUGUGGGGAACUGUUUGCCAUGUCACUUGAUCAUCUCAGCAUCAACUAUACUCAAGAAACUGAUCCUGUCCAGGACAAAGAGACCAGAAGACAUAGGAGCAGAAUUAGGCCAUUCAGCCCAUUGAGUCUGCUCCACCAUUCCAUCAUGGCUGAUUUAUUCAACCCCAUUCUCCUGACAUCUUCCCGUAACCUUUGGCAUCCUGAUUAAUCAAGAACCUAUCAACCUCCGCUUUAAAUGUACCCAGUCACUUGGCCUCGACAGCCACCUGUAGCAAAGAAUUCCACAGAUUUACCACCCUCUGGCUAAAGAAAUUCCUCCUCAGCUCUGUUCUAAAUGGAUGUCCUCAGGUCCUAGACUACCCCACUAUAGGAAACACCCUGUCCGCAUCCACUCUAUCUGUGCCCUCGGGUCCUAGACUCCCCCACUACAGGAAACAUCCUCUCCACAUCCACUCUAUCUGUGUCCUCUGGUCCUAGUCUCCCCCACUAAAGGAAACAUCCUCUCCACAUCCACUCUAUCUGUGUCCUCGGGUCCUAGACUCCCCCACUGUAGGAAACAUCCUCUCCACAUCCACUCUAUCUGUGCCCUCGGGUCCUAGACUCCCCCAUAGGAAACACCCUGUCCACAUCCACUCUAUCUGUGCCCUCGGGUCCUAGACUACCCCACUAUAGGAAACACCCUGUCCACAUCCACUCUAUCUAGGCCUUUCAAUAUUCGAUAGGUUUCAAUGAGAUCUGACCCCCCCCCCCCCCCA